AUGGUGGGUGUCGACGCCAUGCGCUUCCUCAAUGACCUCUUUGGCGGCAUCCGCGGAGGCUCGGUCGAUAUCCCCUUGUUCUUGCUGUACGAGCUAUUCACUGGAACGAUUUCCGUUGAGAUGGUGACCAAAGACAACCAGCAGGAUCUCGCCAGCCUGCUGCUGCGCAUUAUCGCGCGUUCUGAGACAGGUGCAGAGUGGUCCGUGCUUCGAGCCUUGGAGCGAAAUCCGCAGGUCUGCGGAAGCAUGCCGCGAUGGGGCUCGGACGAGGCGAAGCGGACCUGGGCUCUUCCAGGUGGGCACCACUUCGACCGCAACUCGGCUUCGACGCUCAUGAAG